AUGGCGGUGUGCACCGCCGUCGCCGCCCUUGCUUUCAUCUAUCUCUAUUUCACGAAUCUUAAGGAGUCUUCGCAACCCAGCACAACUCCACUGCCUCCAGCUGGUGUCUACUACUGCUCGACGGAGUUCUGCAACAGAGAAGCUCAAAGACUCAAGUCCCUCUUAAGCAGUACGGCGGGGCCUUGCGACGAUUUCUACCAGCACGUGUGCAACAAGUGGGUGCGUAGUCAGCGCUUGGAGAACUCUGGAACUGGGGCGGCCAUUUCUAGCGACACGAUGAUCCAAGACGAGCUCAUAGAUAGCCUGACAGCCGAUUUGAGGAAACAAACCGGUGUAGCUCUCGAACUCUACAACGCGUGUACAGACCGCAGCCAAUCAGGAAGGGCACUCGCAGCCAUGGGCGAGUUGUUCCGGCAGUGGACAAUUCGUCAAUGGCCGGCGGAGGCGUUAGUAUCCACGCGAAAUGUCUGGUCUUUUGCUGGUGAGCUUAUUAAAGACGUUGGCUUGAAUGCUCUAGUGGACGUACACGUAGCCGUCGACACGGAAGAUCCCACCAAGGUCGCUAUAGGCAUGAGAAAGCCGUCCUUUCUAUUUUCUUGCAACGAUGCUACCCGUCCUGCUGUGAUUAACAUGAUCCAAGACGCUCUUGUAGAAACUAUGGCCGCUGUUGGGCACUCAGGAAGUCCACAGCUCGUCGACGAGGUGAUGCAAGUGAUCACUCGCUUCAGUUCUAGUCCAUCGGAGCCGCCACUUUCGGAAACCGGCAUGCGCGGCUUCAGUGUCGUUAGGCUGUCGGACAUGGACCCUGGCAUCGCCGACCUCCUGAGUGCUACUUUUGGCAAUGACUCCUUCUUCGAUAAAGAAACGAGGGUAGUGCUCAAGUCUGCAGAUUUUCUUCAGGGACACCUAGUAGCAGCCCUUCGAGAAUUGCCACCGCGAGCUGUGAUGAACUAUUUGGGCUUUGUGGUUUUCAUCAACCUCGCGCCAUUCUUCCUGGAUAGGCACCGGCUCCUCCGGCAGCUCUUCAGCAAGAGUGCACUCGGCCGGGCUCUUCCCGACGGGACGGGUCGCCUCUGCUUGGUGGCCGUGGAACGCGUCUUGCCCGGAUGCUUCGCGAAGACAUCGAGCCACUAUCUCCGAGACUCCGGAGGCAUUGUCGCCAACAAGCUAGCGCAGCUGGUGACGAGCUUUGGGCGCAGCGUCGAGUAUCUCGCCUGGAUGGACGACAUGGGAUCCGUCAUGUCCCGCUAUCUACUCAAGGAGUAUGCGACGUUGCCACACAGCAACGACAGCACAUUCUGUCCCACGUCUUCUGUUUCAUACGCGAAGGACAGCUCGGUCAAGUUCUUCGUGGCCUUGUCGCGAGACCGCCAGAGAACAAUUCUGAGCCCCCUGACGAAAAGUGACGGUGCUGACGUGACGCCCGUGCCGCGCUCGCAGCUUCUGACUACGGCGACGUAUGAUGCCCCCAGCAGGCGCCUUUAUGUCCCUGCGGCGCUUUUCAAUGCGUCCGUUCCUGUUAAUACAAGCCACUUCUCGCUUCAAUUUGCGCGCUUUGCCGUGCGCUUCUACCGAGCUGUCUUGGAAGCGCUACUUCACAGGGACGCCGUGCAGCCUUCACUGCGCUACAGCGAAGACCUGCAGCGUCGCUUCGAGGAUGUACUCAGCUGCUUCGAGUGGGAACUUCGGCAGCUGCCGGCAGGUCUGAGUCACUCGGCCGUGGCCCCCAAUUCGAUUACGGCACGUGGCGCUUUCCUGCAACAGACGGUCGCUGUGCAGCUAGCCUUCAGAGCUUUCCAGGAACUUUUGCAGAUCCGGCGUACGUGGAACAUGGACUUCCGGCUCGCGCAGCUUCCUGGCCUCAGCGUUGACCAGCUUUUCUUCAUUUACUACGCCCUAGAUAACUGCGAAGCUGCGGACUUGGUGUACCAGGAACAGCGUGGUCACUGGCUGCCGGCACACUACCGCGUCAAUGUGCCGCUGCGCAAUGUCGUCGAGUUCGCGGAAAUCUUCAAUUGCCCGCCCGACUCGGACAUGAGGCCGCUAGGGGGCCAACGUGAGCGGAUGCCUGCAACGUCGGCUCUGGCAAACGGUACGUACUACUCCUACCCAAUCUCUCCUACGGCCACUAAACUGCUCGAACAGCGACACAAGUGCCUAAGGAACACAGAGACACCGCCCAUUCCGGGCAAGCUCCGACCUUCUGUGUGCUACGAACAAUUAGUGCACCAAGACGCUGACCCUCCGAGCUAA